ACUGGCGAAACAGACUCAUUGGAUUGCCCUAUCCACCCUAUGGAAAGCUUAAUUCUUCCCUGCAAAACCAUCACUCCCUCAAAAAUUGCUGAAAUCCCACCAAAACCUGAAAUUCAAUCGAGGAACACAUCGCCCAAGCUCAUAAACGACGCCUACUUAAAGCGCCUAUGCAAACUCGGCCGCCUGAGCGAGGCCAUCUCCGCCUUGGACUCCUGCAGCUCCACGGUAAAGCCCAGCACCCUCUCCCACCUGAUCGACUCAUGCGUCUUCUCCAAUUCGCUCGAAUUAUGCCACGAGAUCCACUCCCGCGCCAAGAAUUGGAUGCGCGAGCCCGACCCCUUCCUCGAGACCAAACUAGUCGGCAUGUUCGCGAAAUGCGGCUCCUUGGACGGCGCGUUCAAGGUGUUCGACGAAAUGCGCGAGCGAAAUUUGUACGCUUGGUCGGCCGUGAUUGGCGCUUUCUCGCGGGAGAAGAAGUGGGGCGAUGUCGUGGCGCUGUUUUAUUGGAUGAUGGCGGAUGGUGACGUGGCUCCUGACGAUUACAUGUUGCCCAAGAUUUUGCAGGCUUGUGGGAACUGUGGGGAUGUGGAGACUGGGGAGCUGAUUCAUGGGAUGGUGAUCAAGCGGGGAUUGAGCGGCGACAUUCGAGUUAACAACUCGAUUCUUUCCGUUUACGCGAAAUGUGGGCGUUUGGAGUCUGCGGAGAAGUUUUUUCGGGGGAUGGUGGGGAGGGACAGGGUGUCUUGGAAUACGCUGAUUACGGGUUACUGUCAUGCUGGGAAUGUAGCUGAGGCGCGGAGAUUGUUCGAGUCUAUGCAGGAGAAGGGUCUGGAGCCGGAUGUUAUCACUUGGAAUGUGUUGAUCUCGAGCUAUAGUCAGUUGGGGAAGUGUGAUGUUGCGAGGGAUUUGAUGACGGAGAUGGAGAUUCGUGGAGUGAGGCCUGAUGUGUGUACGUGGACUAGUGCAAUUUUGGGUUUUGCACAAAAUAAUCGGAGGUUUGAGGCGUUGAGCUUGUUCCGGGAGAUGUUCUUGGCCGGGGUUGAACCGAAUGGUAUAACGCUUAUGAGUGCUAUCUUGUCUUGUUCCCUCGAGAAGGAUAUUAUGAAAGGGAGGGAAGUUCAUCUGGUUGCUAUAAAGCUUGGCUAUGGUGAAGAUGUGCUUGUGGGGAAUUCACUUGUUGAUAUGUAUUCUAAGUGUGGGAAGCUUGAUGCUGCAAGACAGGUUUUUGAUAUGAUCUCGGAGAAAGAUAUCUAUACUUGGAACUCGAUGAUUGCAGGCUAUUGCCAAGCUGGAUAUUGUGGGAUUGCAGAUGACCUCUUUAAACAUAUGCAGGAGACCGGUGUCUUGCCAAAUGUGGUCACAUGGAAUGUAAUGAUCUCGGGGUACAUUCAGAAUGGAGAUGAGGAUCAGGCUAUGGAUCUUUUCUACAUGAUGGAGACGAAUGGGGGUGUCAAGCGAGACACUGCCUCAUGGAACGCUCUCAUUGCAGGGUUCUUGCAUCACGGGCAGAAGGAUAAAGCAUUGAGGGUCUUCCGAAAAAUGCAAUUCUAUGGUGUCAAACCGAAUGCAAUCACAAUCUUGAGCAUCUUGCCUGCGUGUGCGGAUUUGAUCGCUAUAAGGAAGCUGAAAGAGAUCCACUGCUGUGUCCUUCGCAGCAAUUUGGAGUUAGAGGUUUCAGUUGCGAAUUCUCUGAUCGACACAUAUGCAAAGUGCGGGAGCAUAGCGUACUCAAAAUCCAUUUUUGAUGCAAUGCCAUCCAUGGACAUCAUCACUUGGAACACAUUAGCAACUAGCUAUGUGUUACAUGGAUUUUCAAGCAAGGCGAUUGAGCUUUUCGAUCGGAUGAGGAAACUAGGAUAUAAACCGAACAAAAGCACAUUUGCUAGUAUAAUCUCUGCCUAUGGUCUAGCUAAGAAUGUCGAUGAAGGUAAGCGUGUUUUCUCCCUGAUGAUCGAAGAAUACGGUAUCUUACCAACUGUAGACCAUUAUGUUGCAAUGGUAAAUUUGUACGGUCGUUCAGGGAAGCUCGAUGAAGCAUUUGACUUCAUCAGAGAUCUACCCAUAGAUCUCGGUGUCUCUAUCUGGUCUGCUGUGCUAACCGCUUGUCGUAGGCAGGGGAACGUUAGGUUGGCAAUCGAAGCAGGGGAAAGGCUGCUUGAACUCGAACCAGAUAAUGCUUCCACUCAAAGGAUGGUUUUACAGCUACGCAGCUUGUCAAAUACGUCUUCAAAGAUGAAACGUCCCCGAGCAAGAAAGCUCCCUGCUGGACCUAUCGGGUGUAGUUGGAUCGAAGGGGAAAACGCGGUACAUGCUUUUGUCAGCGGUGAUUUCUCCCAGCUUGACGGUACAUGUCUGCGUUCGUGGAUAGAAAGCAUCGAAGCGAACACGAAGGAAUCGAAGCAUCAAGAGAUGGUUAGCAUCCAAGAGGAGGAGAACAGAGGAAUCCACAGUGAAAAGCUAGCUUUGGCUUAUGCUGUGAUCAAAUGUGGUCAGCAAAGUAUUAGGGUGGUGAAGAACCUGAGAAUGUGUGAUGACUGCCACAGGUUUGCUAAGCUGGUUUCGAGUAAAUAUGGCUGUGAAAUAUAUGUAUAUGAUUCCAUAUGCUUGCACCAUUUCAAGAAGGGGGUGUGUUCUUGUGGUGACUAUUGGUAGGAAUGGCAACAGCAUUGGUUCAUUUUGUAGAAAGUGUAGACACCAUUUUUGUAGGGCAGCUAAGUGCUGUCCUGGCUCAUGGAAAUAAUGAGAUAGGAAACCACAAAGUGAUCUUUGUUUCAUUAUUUUGUGUAAGUUGUUAUGUCUUCUAUAAGGUGCAGCUUUGGAGGCAGUUUGUUAAAAAGUUUUGGAAUCUAUUUUGUCAAAUUG